AUGGUGUUCGAUGUAAUCAUGGGCCUGCAAAAGGAGAACGAAAAGGCCGCCAAUGCAAAUCCAGAAUCACGAACGACAAAGUUCUACAUAGAUGUGGUCAUAGAAGAUGAAGGAUCACGAUCGCGAGGACGAGGCGAAAUUUUACACGACAGCAUAGUGGUUGUCCGCGACAACAAACUCUGGAUCGAGGCCAAGAACCGAAACACAGGAUUACCUAGACGCGAAGAUUCGCAUCCUUUCACCGGAUUCUAUCUCAUGUACCCGGACGAGGAUCGCUCGCCUGCCGAGAGAGGCCUGGUCACGACCAUCCAGAAAGACCCACCGAUGCUCAAUUGGAUAUACGUGGACAACGACACUUUUGAACUCAAGUACUCGAAUCGCUCAGGCAGUAUAGCACACAAGGUUGGACCGUGGGACUGGACCGAUGAGUUUGUGGAUUCGAGCAUAACUCUCGAUGAUUUUGAGGGUUUCUUGGCUGUGGAAGAAGAUAUGUACAGGAACGAGCAAGGCCAUCCCAGAUGGGCACUGUAUUAUGACUGGAAUGACGAUGGUCUGAAAGGACGUAAGAGGGGCAGACGGACUAUGGAGAUCAGUAUGAAGAGAAGAUUAGUGGAAAACCAGGAAAAGAAUCAAUGGGGUGUCGGCAGAGAAGGCAAUAUCGGAGUGACUGGGUUCAAGGCCACGAGGGAGGUUUAA